AUGUCUGAGACUAAGGAGGCUUUCUUAGACAGGCUUUUAGCUCAGAUUCACAAGGAGAAAUACUUUGAAGAAGGAGAGUAUAUACAUUUUCAACAUGAUGAUCUAUUGAGGUUAGCAAACUUAUCAAUAAACAUUUUAAAUAACGAUCCAAUAUUACUCAAUCUUUCAUCACCUCUAUACGUAUUUGGCGACAUUCACGGAUACUAUAGAGGUUUGAUUUCAUUUUUAGAUUACUGCGGCUACCCACCAAAAUCUAAUCUUUUAUUUCUUGGCGAUUAUGUUGACCGCGGACCUAAUUCCGUAGAUACAAUAGUGACACUUUUAGCACUUAAAUGUCGUUAUCCACAUAAUGUAUUUCUCAUUAGAGGAAAUCAUGAAACUAGAGAAUUGACAGCUGUAUACGGGUUCCAAGAGGAAUGCAAAGAAAGAUACUCGUUACAAGUAUGGGAUGCUAUCUGCGAAUCAUUCCGCUAUAUUCCGAUCGCAGCAAUUGUUGGCGGCACAAUAUUUUGCGUUCAUGGAGGUAUAACCUCUGAAUUUCAGCGUCUUUCGCAAAUCACACAAAUAGAAAGGCCACUUGAUCCUUCGGACGGAGGAUUAGUUCAAAAUUUACUUUGGGCGGAUCCUUCGCCUGAUAUUACAGGCUUUGUUAAGUCGUCAAGAGGCACUUCAUACAAAUUUGGUGUAGACAUUGCAGAAAGCUUCGUGAAUAACUUCGGAUUUGAUCUGAUUUGUCGCGCUCAUCAGUCAGUUGACAAAGGUUUUGAAUUUCCAUUUUCUCCAUCGACAUGUCUCGUUACAUUGUUCUCUGCGGAUGGAUAUUCUAAAAAUCCACCAAAUCAAGCAGCGAUCAUGUACAUCAAUGAAGAAAUGGUAUGCUCUUUCAAAUUUUUGGAAUCAUCUAACUGA